AUGAACGAGCCGAGCAGGUGCUGGAAAAUCACAAACAGAAACGUACAUCCAGGGCUUCAACGGCUCGUCUCCCGUGGACCAUCUGGCAGAGUAGUAGCCAAAGAUGAUCUCGAACGGGAAGUCGAUCAACACAGUGAUGGCCAGGUCUUCUCUGGAGAACCCUUUAUCAAGCAGUUUGAGGUUGGUUGCUGCCUCGUUGGCCUGGAAUGCGAUCUUGGACACCAGGUGCACCAAAAUGAACAGUUUCACGUUCUUCAGUUUGAUCACGUUCCACAUCUUCUGGUACACGCUGAUCAACGCAGCUCUGCCCGACGGCUCGCUGUACGCCGUGUGGACCUGGGAUCCGGCAAUCCGCGUGUGUUCGUCUCUGUGGAGCUCUUCGAGCUCGAUAUCCUUUGGCGAAGCGUGUUUGUCGACCGACAACGGGUCUUCUGGCACGAACAACGCAAUCAGCACCGUCACCAGCAAGUAGAUCCACCCCCAAAACGACAUGUACUGGCCGAGCGACAACACGCCCUGUGUACUGGGGGUGCUCCGCAGGUACGAGUUGGCAAAGUCCGGGGAGUUGAAGGCCAGGAACACGGUGAAACUGAGGAAAUAGCCCGUGUUGAGGCCGAUUGUCUGGGCCGUGGACGCGUAACUCAGCGCAUCCUUGGACAAGAUCGUCAAGGCCCAGCCGUCCACGGCAAUGUCCUGCGUUGCACACAGCAGGAUCAGAAAGAAGAAUGUGUAUGUGAGGGUGUAGAGGUUUUUCUUCAUAUUGAGCAUGACGUUGUCGAUGAGUGUUCCGAGCACCAGCAGCGUGAGUCCGGAAACGGUCUGCACGGGGAUGAUCCAGGACCGUCUUCGGCCGAUUUUCUUGAAGAAACACGAGUCCACGAUCGGCGACCACAGCAGUUUCAAAGAGUAGGGGUACGACGCCAAGGAGAACACUCCGACUUGGGAGUAGGUGAGUUGGCCCGAUUUGAGCAGGAACGGCACCGCCCCGAACGCAAGGCCGAUGGGGACUCCCUGGAUCAGGUACAGCAUCACCAGCAAAAAGAACCGGGGACGGUCUUGCACGGGCAGGUUUUUCUGAGGGGGAUCAAGGCCAUGGUCGAGUUUUGGGUCAUUGGCCACGGGUUCUGGUCUAGUCUGGGCGGCCACGUCGCCAUGGACGCGCGGCGACGGCGAGUUCGAGUCGUCGUGGCGUUUGAGCGAGUUCGCGUACAAUGGCAGCACGUCCGGGGUCUCGCUCAUGGGAAAAACAAUUUUGCAAAUAAAUCAAGUCCUAUUAAAGCGUAUACAUAUUACUUUUGCGAAUUUAGGAAUUCCAACACCUGUGUUUUCGCCUCGUGGGUCUUGACAAUCACCACGAUCAGUCCGUCAGAGCCAACCUCGUACUGUAGAUUGCCCUCGUUUGGGUACGCCACCUUUUCGUCAAAGGAGUCGAACCACUCGUUCACCUUGUCGAUGGAGUCCACGCCGGCAAGAACGUGUUCUUCGAACUCGGACGCGUUGGUGCUCCCGUCCGCGUUGGCCUCGCCAUCCUGCGUUAAUAGCAGCACUUUAUAA